UGGACAGUUGGUUCACAAUACGAUGAUAAGAGUAAUGAGUCUCUGGAACUAAAUAUUGUGGAUAAAUAUAAUGCUUUCUUGGCUGAUCUUCAACCGGCCGACAAUGAUUGUGUAUAGAGUAUAGCAUUAAAUUCUAUAAGCACUCCACGAGAAAUCACCAUGGAUGUGAGCGCAUUAUUCAAGGCCAGUGUAAGGACGGUGAACUCGCGCAACAAAGAUCUCGGCACCCUGGCUGGUACACCACCGAGGAAAACCAUAACCAAGAGUACCUUCUGCGUGAAGGCGCACGCGGUCGUCAUGCAGAUCUCGAAGCUGCGCGACUUCUUGCUGGAGAACCGUAAAGCCUACCUAAACUUCUCUAACUACUUGUCGACCGCACCGCGUAUGACAGACGUGGAACGUGAUGAGAUCGACAUAGGAGGGCAACGGAUAAUGAGUACCUGCUCACAGCUGGUUAAGGAUCUCAAAAGGGAGAUCGCGAUGUCCGCGGAAGAUUUGUCGCGGCAAAACAUUGAACAUCGCGAGAUCAUGCUGCUGCUGAUAGAGGAUUAUUUGAAGAAUGUCUGUCACAUUUACUCAGAGCAGAAAGCUAUGCGGGUGAAGAGGGCCGUAGAGAUGCAGAAAAUCGCCAAAUUACAGACGGAUCUUAAACCCGAUCGAUCAGAGAUUAGGAAAUCAUUAUUGAACACGACGGAGAAAUCCGUGGAUGAUCGUGAAACUAAAAGUCAUUCGAAUGAAUCGAGUCCAAUGAAGAUACAAGAGAUCAACGAGGACGUUACUACGUUGACGUACGAAGAAGAACCAUCAGCUGAAGAUAUUCAGAUGUUCGAGUCGGAGAACGAGCAAUUGUAUAAUGAACUAAAUAAUGUGACGGAGGAAGUUAAACAGAUAGAAAGCAAAGUGGUUCACAUUGCCGAGCUUCAGGAAAUCUUUACGGAGAAGGUUCUAGAUCAAGACAAGGAUCUGGACAGAUUAAUGACGACAGUGGUUGGAUCUACAGAGAACGUGAAAGAGGCCAACGAUCAGAUACGACAAGCGAUUCAACGAAACGCUGGUCUCAGAGUGUGGAUCCUCUUUUUCCUUCUGGUGAUGUCGUUCUCACUAUUGUUCCUCGACUGGUAUAAUCCAUAAAAGUUAAUUGAUCUUAAUUGCUACUAUAUGCGAGAAAGAAAAGAAUAAUUACUUAUAAUAAACAUUUGGUACAAUCUGUAAAAUACAUAAAUCUUUAAUUAUUAGUCUGUAAUUAUUUUUAAUUAGUGGAAUUAUAUAUUAAAUUUUAUGGAUUGUAUCAAUUAGCAGUAAUUAUCUUUUUGUAAGUGUAACAAAACAAGGGACGAAAAUUGAAAAGUUAGUAGGAUCUAAAAAGAGAGAAAUAACACAUGUCUCCCAAAAUAUCUGUGGCUGUAUUUUAUCUCCUCAAACAUCAUUGUACAUAAGCUACAAUUAACUUAUUAGUAAUAAAAUUUGUAUAAUAUAUAUAUAUAU